AUGGACGCUGCUGCGAACCGACGGUCAAUGCUGCCCACCAUUCAGACAACACAUCAUGGAGAGCCGCACACCGCAACUAAAAGCUCCGCCGCAGAGCUUCGGAGUGUCUCGACACCAGCGCUGGGUGGCAAGAGGCGUAGUUUCUUAGCAAAGACCUUCCGGAAGGUCAGCAGCAGUUCCUCCUCAACCGACCUUGCGUCCAUGUCUGAGGAGGCCUCGAGCGGCCUCCAAAUGAAGAGUAAACGCGUUCUUCACAAGAACAACGGAUCCGGCGGCUCAAAUUCGUCCUCUAUUUUCUACCGCCUCAACCGACGAGCCUCCAAGGACUCUUCCGCGAGUUCGCACAUGUCCGAGGAGACUCCCAACUAUCUCAGCCCUCAGCCGCCAGCGCCGGUUCCUAUCAAGAUUCUCAAGCACGGAGCCUUGAAGACUGACAGCCGCCUGUGGAAAUCGCGCGCCGAGUAUGUUGUCUUAACUGAUGGGCACCUCAUCAAAUUCAGCAGUGUCGAGUCAGCAAGGGCGAACUUUGCUGAGCUUGCCCCGCCGUCUCAGCGCCUGAAGAGGUCUUCGACGUCUUCCACUUUGAGUCAGGAUGGGUCACACUCUGAUGGUCGGGUCGAAAUUCCAUUGAGUAGGAUCGUCAACAUUUUCAACGAAGAGGGUGUAAGCCCUCACUUUGGAUUGGAUGUUUGGUGGUCCGAGACUUCGCCAAUGGUAUCUUGGGCUUGCACAAAGUUGUUCUUUGGAAUGCCUACUGAGCGAGACGAGUGGAUGUCGGAGAUUCGCCAUGCUAUUCGUGAGUCUGUGGGCUCAGCUGUUGUGCCAAAGGGGCUCAUUGCUCCCAACGUCGAGUCCGCCAUUUACAACAUUGUUGCUACACAAGAGCCCGCGUGCCGAGGCUGCCCAUUGGAUAUCUUUCCAGUCGUUCAACGCACCACCCUCCUCAGUACCAAAGCCGAGAACAUUGAAAAUGCCAAAAAGUCUCGUGACGGAUCAUCGUAUUACUUGCUUCUCGGCCAGAACAAGUGCUAUCUUGUGCGAGUCGCCAGGACUUCCGUAUACAAAGCUCCCCAGGACAUCGAAAUCAACACCGUAGUUUUUGGCUUGACGUCCCUGGUCCGCUUGAAAGCGACUAUGGUCCCUCACGAGGAGCGGUUCGUUCUUGGAUUCCGACUCCCUUGUGAAAACGAGAAACGACUCGAGCUGGCUAGUCGAUGGUACAGAGAGAUCGUCAUGACGUUCAUGAAGGCAGAUCGCGCAGUGAAGCCUGCUUGGCCUCAGCACAUGCAACGGCACAUUUUCGACAUUAGGGGUCUCACCGCUCAGUUGCUCCUUCCAACUGGACAAGACUAUGGUGGACUUAAGCGCACCCUCGAGGCGUAUUGUGCGACGUUCCAGUGCAAGCCUCCCGAAUGGACUGUGAAUUGGAAAUGCGAACGCCGGGAGCACUGCCCAGAAUUUCGACUUCUCCCUGCGAAGGAAGCAGGUGGAUACACGGCACUCCAGCUUUUGGCAGUCUUCAAGGCCCUCCGCUUCAAUGACUACUUCAAGGCUCUGUCGUUCCGUGACGUCGAUUUCUCGCCCCUUUGCGGGCUGACCGAUGUUCCGGGAUGGGACGAGUCCAUAGCUGACAUUUCUCGCGAUGGUAAGCCGGCAAUUCCUGAACCUUAUCAAGCAUUCAAGCUAACCGUGGCAGGAUUUGUCAUCGAUCCCAUGCAUCGAGACAUCAUCAGGACUGCCCCACUGUUAUCCCAGGAAAUUCACGCCGUUGCCUUCACCUCUGGUUCUGUCCGUAAGAUAGACUUGACCAACGUUCUGGCAUCGCGGAACAUUGUUGGUGUCUCACGCGCUCGUGCCGGGACCAAGAAGGAUCCCGAGGUCGUUCGUCCUAUCCUUCUUCUGCUCAAAACCCGCAGCACUCCUUGUGAUACUUUGCUGGUUGGUGGGAACCCACUGACGGCAGCUGAAGUUGACGACCUUGUGGGCGUUCUCCAUAUUCCCGAUCUUCUCAAGGAGCUCGACAUUUCUAGAUGCAACCUUGACGAGAGAAGCUUGGAGGAAGUCUGGGACGCUUUACCCUCCCAGGGAUACAAGAUGGAGGCUCUCAAUACUUCUCGCAAUAUUGGACACGUGGAUCACAUGGCCGUGAAGCAGAACCUGGCUCAUUUCUAUAAUUUGCGAAAACUCGGCAUCGCAGGAAAUUGCCUCACUCAGGCUAAGGAUACCAUCUUCCUCGACGAGACUAUCAUGGGAUGGGGACUUGAGGAGCUGGAUCUCUCACACAUCAACCUCAAUGACGCCACAUUGCAAGUCCUGGGCGACUACUUGAAGUCUUCACAGGCCGACUAUCUCCGCAGGCUUGACCUCAAUAAUUGUGCAAUGACCGGUUCCCAAAUCGCAACUCUCUUCCGCAGCAUGGGUGAAGCAAGAGUGAUUACUUGCUCUAUCAGUGGCAACUAUCUCGAGAACGGCACGGAUGAUCUGGUAUCUGCCAUUGUUGACAAUUUCGGACCGACGUCCCUCUUCAUGGAUAUGGUUGAAUUUCAAAACGAAGACAACUACAUCAAGCUCAUUAACGCGCUCUCAGUCAACAAAUCGAUCCGACUGCUUAGCCUGGUGGGAACUUCAACCCCUGGACAAGUCAGCGAGGACGCCUGCAUGGCCGUGUCAGAGUUCUUUGCCACGAACAAAUCGGUCCAGUACCUCGACUUCUCCGGCUUUUCCGCCAAGCUCGACGAGGGUCAACUCGGCCUGGGCUUCUCGCGCUCUCUCUCUGGACUCGCCGAGAACAAGACGCUGCGUCACCUGCGAAUCCGAAACCAAAAGUUGAACUUGAACAUUGGUGAUCUGGCACAUGCGAUCCAACUCAACCAAACCCUUACGACACUCGACGUACAGGAGAAUAACUUCAAUCUGUCCAACUUAUCCCACAUGGUUAGAUCUCUUGACCACAAUAGCUCUAUCCAGGAGUUUUGCCCGUUCUCUCGGUCUGAGCUCAGCCGGGCUAUCAAGUUCAGCGUCCAGAACGUCGGCAUGCCAACGAGCCAGCCGACUUCGUCUCGAGCCCGCCGCGCGUCCAAGGUCCUUUCAAAGGCCACUUUUGACAACUUUGCAAUGGAAAUGGACAAGAACAAUGCUCUCAUGGAGAACUUGAAGGACGAGUGGAGCGUCAAGACGGCUCAGAUUGAACGUCUUCUCGAGAGAAAUCGGACCUUGAGUUCUGAAAAGGAGAUGGCGAUUAUGCAGUGGGAUCCUCAAGUGGAAGGCCAGGAGGAUUGGAUCGCCCUUGAGCUCGGCACUGUCUUCGGAGGCCUUGCCAUCAAGGCAAUGAAGACCCGACGCAAGAUUAUGCAGCCUGGCUAUCGCGGCAGCGUAUACUUUGGCGCAAAUACUCCGCCUCUGGAGGGGAUGGAAGAGUUUGGUGCCUCGGCAGCUCCUCACCAUGUCACUCGCGAGGAAGUCAUGGAAAGCCCCGCGACAGAGGUUGCCAGCGGUUCCUCCGGUCUUCCGACCCCUCCCGAAUGGGCUCCUGCUGAGAGCCCCGUCAAGGAGUAUUCAAUUGCGUCCAGCGCACCACCGUCUCGCGAUGCACCUCGCAUCAUUGAUGAGAACGCUAAUGAGUUCGAUCUUUCUCUUCUCAAACACAUGAUACAACAUGGAUUCAACCUCGACGAUUCGACGCAAGGCCAGGACCAGGACGUCGGCAGGAAAGCGGGGCCCUCAGUGUCGACCACGAGACUUAGAUGA